AUGAACUGUUUUUGUUCUUCAUGGAGGAAAAAGAAAGAUAAGGAAAAGGAAGUCAAAACCUUGCACGUGAAGCUCGAGCAUCUUAACAAAACUUCGGAAACUUCCGAGUUGAAAUCAGCUUCUUUUAGUGUUCCGGUUCCUCUCCAUAUUCCGAAGAGUUCUAGGUGCAAGGUGAAGGUAAUGAAUCACGAGAGUCCGGUUGGAGGUGAUGGUGAAGAGAUAGACUACGAAGGGGGAGAUGAGCAUGAUGAGAAUUUAUCGAUGAAGAGAGACAACUCAGAUUUUGAUCUACAAGCUCAUGUUGAAAACUCGAAUGAAGAAAAACAUCAAACUUUUGAAGGGAUGCCUAUAGAUAAUGAGUACCCAAAGGAGGUAGAUGAAGAUUCCAAGGCUGGCGUUGAGAUGAUUAGAAGUGGACAUGUUAGUGAUCCCGGCAUUGGGAAGACGGAAUUUUGGGCUUCUCCAAUGCUUAAGCGCUCGUGCUCUGAUAUGUUGAUAAGGAAUGUGAAUUAUGCGCUGGAUGAACUGAUGCCGCCUCCUAAAUCCAAGUCUUUCGAGGAAAUACAAAGUUUAGCAGAAAGGUUCCAGGACGAAAUUCUGGAUUAUCCUCCAACUCCUGUUUCUGUUAUGACUCAACGUAGCGCAGACAAAGUGAUGUUGAAGAAGCACUCUUCGAGUCAAAUACUUCCCUCCAGAAGUCGAAAAUUGUGGUGGAAAUUGUUCCUCUGGAGCCACAGGAACCUGCAUAGAUACGAGCCUACAAAACCACGGCCAGCUGCAGUUGAGCCCGCCCUCAACCAACAAGGUGGCUACUGUUCAGACACCAUAGAGCCAAGAAAAGCUGAAAAGUUUAGCAAAGAAAGCAAGGGUAAAGACAUCCUUAACAUAGACAACCAAAGCUGGGAUGGAUUUUAUGGAGUUUCUGGUAUGUGGCCUCAAAACCAGUGGGUUGCUUUUCCUACAGAAUCGUCUCCAUUUGAAAGAAUCGAUGAGUGGGUGAAAGAAGUUUCAGUGCAGCCUCCAUUUGAAGUCAACAAUGGUGAUCACACUGAAGAUAGCAUUUUCUUCCCUCCCUCUCCCGAGAAUAAUAGAUCACCACCAACUCGGAGUCCAGCUGCAAUGAUUCCUGAGGAGAUUACAUAUGCCAACAGCGUUGUCCAGUCUCUGAAUUCUUCGUCGACUGUGGCACAUAUUACAGGCAUUGGACUGAAAGUUAUACCAUCCGUUUCUCAUUUCUCUAGCCUUCGAUCAGUCAACUUGUCUUCCAAUUCGAUAGGUCAUAUUACUCCAGGAUCUCUACCAAAGGGUCUCCACAUUCUUAAACUGUCCAAGAACAAUAUAAGCACAAUCGAAGGUCUGAGAGACUUAACUCGACUCCGGGUGCUUGACCUCAGUUACAAUCGAAUUUCUAGAAUUGGUCAAGGGUUGUCGAAUUGUAUGCUCAUAAAGGAGCUCUAUCUUGCUGGCAACAAAAUAAGUAAUGUUGAGGGUCUGCAUAGGCUUCUGAAGCUGACCGUAUUGGACUUGAGCUUUAACAAAAUAACCACAACAAAAGCAUUUGGUCAGCUUGUGGCAAACUCCAAUUCUCUGGCAGCUCUAAAUCUAUUAGGCAAUCCUGUUCACAACAAUAUUGGUGAUGAUCAAUUGCGCAAGGCCAUAUGCAGUCUUCUCCCAAAACUGGUUUUCCUCAAUAAGCAGACUAUAAAUCCACACAAGCUACGAGAGGUAGGCUCGGAAGCCAUUGCUAAAGCUGCACUUGGGAAUAGCAUCCGGAGCAUUCGAGGAAAAGCAGUGAAGAGGGCGAGUCGAGGGGGUUCGUCAUCCUCCACUCUGCGCAGGAGCAGUGCAACUGCAGCUCGCCAGAGCAGGCAUGGAGCAAAAAGCCGUUCUAACCAUCACUCUUCUCUGAUGGAAAAGUCAGUUGCGUUUUCUUCCCGUUAG